AUGAGCGAAGUCAUCCCAAUACGUUCAGUGGCUCCUGUCAACCUCUCAAAUACAUUAGAUUCCAAGUCAAACCACGUUGGACGUUUUGUGGUCCUCAAAGCAACCGUUUCCAAUACGAAUGAAGAGACGCCAACCGCGGCUGGACUAGAUUUACCAGCCCUGGAUGAUACGAGAUUGGAUAACGAUACCAUGACAACUUCAGGUCCCCCUGAAAGUCACUACUGGACAGUGAGCGGUGGAAAAGAGGUACUUUUAACAGCUCCUGGUGCCCGGAGGGUCCAUGACUCUCGACCAGCUUCGGGUGGUCCGAACCGACCAAUGCACACCCGAUUCCGUCAGUUCUUUGUGGAGAACUUGCGAUCAAGUCGACAACGAACUCAUUCUGAACAGCAGUCGAAUAGCAAAGGUGGUCGAACCCCACAACCCCCGAGUGAAUCACCGAAUAAAUUGAAACUACCAACUGUCAAAUUUAGUGGCGUCGGAUUACCACCCCAUGCACAUACGAUUACGGCUGGCACUGGACCUGCUGUGGCACGAGCUCUCCUCCAAUCAACUCAACGCGCCAAGGAUGAUGGGUCAAUUGAAAGUUCAGGGAAUUCGGGUCUAUCCUCAUCGCCACUGCAUUACCCGUCAAUUUCACUGAAUUCAGUGAAUGAUAGUGACGGCGGUGGUUCCUAUAAGGGUUCAAAGAAACGUCUCAAAUCUACACAUAAGAUGAUGAAAAAGUUGCUGAAGAUUUCGUCGAAUCAGAAGAAGCAGGGAGAUGAUUAUGGAGAUUUACCAGAUCCUUCUAAACUACCCAGAGAAAUGCCUCAAAGCUCACUGGAAUUUACUCAAACUAGAUUAAAGAAUGCACCACGAAGGAAUCGGUUCGGAGAAUGUGAAUGGCUUGUCAAACCCGGUCGUGAAAGAGACAGCGGAGCCAACUUUCCUAUUAGAACUGCUCAAGUGGGAUCUCAACUUGCCUCCCUUAAACGAUUUUUGAAAUUGUCUCCUUACUCGUCCAAUCCCUCUGCCAAUUACGGACAAAAAGGACCUUCCGGUGAUGUGAUUCCACGAGUUCUACCCCAGGUUGAAGCUAAAUCGGAAGAGCUUCUACUCAGCGCCUUCUCAAGAUCUCUUUCUAACAGUAGUCAUGGUAGCAGCCAGCACAGUCACAGUCAUCACCACCGACAUCAUCAUCACCAUCAUCGUGGUCAUCAUGGUCAUCACAGUCGCGAAACAAACCCCACCACGUUAACCCGGGUCACAGAGAAUAGACGCUACCUUAUGUUUACCAAAGCGUCUCCUUUCAGGUCUCCAUACGACUUCAUGCAGACUCGAGGCAAAGGGCUACAUGAAUCUGAGGUCUACACGGUGCUGUUUAGACACACCACUUGCUACGAGUUGAUGCCUGAGAGUGCAAAAUUGGUCACAUUGGAUAGUAUGCUUCCAGUCGGAAAGGCUUUCCGAGCUCUCUGUGAGAACGGAAUUCGAGCGGCUCCGGUGUGGAACUCAGAAACACAAACUUUCUCCGGUGUACUCACAAUCAAUGACUUCUUGGAAAUGCUCACCUACUGCUGGAGAAAACUCAUUGGAAAUAAUUCCUCCACCUCGUCUGGAAACUCAAACACUUCAGCACUAGAAGCGAGUGAGAAAAUUUCUAUUGAGGAAUUAGAAACAAUGUCUAUCAAGAAAUGGAAGGGUUUGCGGCUUGUUACUGUGGAAGCCCUUCAAAAAGAAAUCUAUUAG